AUGCCCGCUCCUCCGCCUUUCGCGCCAAAGUUCACUAUGAUCCGACUCAAGCUCACCUCAAACUUCUUGCCCAGCAUAUCCCCCAGGCCGCUUGGGAUCGUGCCAAAAAAAGUAAUUAAACAGUCAUGCCGACAGCACGGUCGUUAUGAAGCUACCCGCCGUCAACGCUUGGCACGCAACCUGAAAAGCCAACGCAACAAGAUGCUGCGCGCUCGAAAACGAUUCAAUGAAGCACCGCCCCAACUGACAGACAUUUGCCGACAACUGGCAGAAGUUCAAUCCGAGAUUGUUUACAUCCAGUCUCUCAAAGCCAAUAUGCGGUGGCGUGAACAAGGAGAAACUUCCGCGGGCUAUAUCAAACAAGCAACCCACUAA